AUGGCUGCAAGUUGGUUAGAAUUUCUUGGAUCGAUAGGAAUGAUAAUUAGUACUGCUAUUGCUAUAGUAAUUUCAUUAAUUUAUCUCAUUGUUAUAACUCUAACACAAGGUCGCAAUAUUUCAGUUUCAUCACUUCUUGCAAGUAAUACAUUUUUAUCAGCAUUAGUUUAUAGUUCAGCUCAUUUCGCUAUUGCUGUUUCAACAUUUCGAAGUGAUAUUGGUGUUAUCGAUGGUAUUCGAUAUCGACAAUAUAAUCCUUUUUGUAUGUCUUCAGGAUUUGUUUUCUAUAGUGGAUGUGCACUUCUCUACUAUUCAUAUGUUAUGGAAGCUGGACAACGAUUUGCUCGUGUAGUUCUAUAUGAUUAUCGAUGGUUAUAUAAAUGUCGUAUACAAUUAAUUUUUAUUAUUUUUCAAUGGUUUGCCUGUAUCUUUGGAACAUUUAUACCAUUAGCAUUAACAGAUCAAUUACAAUAUGAUAUCAAUAUGAAUAUGUGUAUUAUACCAAUUCGUUCUAGUGGUUGGACUAUGUAUUAUGCUAUAUUUUGUUAUUCUAUUCCAUUAGUAUUAAUUAUAGCAUUUUAUCAUCGAUUAAUACAAUAUAUUCUUACUGUACGUAGUCGUGUUAGUGCUUGUCUUAUUUCUGGAUCAGUAGUUAUUGCAGCACAACGUCAAUUAGCAUUGAUUCAACGUGUUAUUGUUCUUGUUAGUAUUCUUACGAUUAGUGGAUUACCAUAUUGUGUAUUUAUUGCGAUCGGUUUUUGGACAGAUCCACCCAUAUAUCAAUUUCGAAUAAGUUUUCUAUGCGUCGAUAUUGCUCUUGCAAGUGUUGUAUGUACUAUGUUUUGUUAUUCAAGAGACAUAGCACAAUUAAGAAGGCUAUAA